AUUUAUUUGUUUAACAUGUGUUAACCAGGAAUUCACUGAAGAAAGGAUUUGCUUUACUGUCACCCUCGGAGAGGAUGGUCUUUAGCAGAAAGUAGAUUUGACAGCAGACAGCAGAGUAUAUGUGCCUCAAAAGGAAGAGACAGAGAGAGAAAAGAGAGAGAGACUAGAGACAGAGAGAAAGAGAGAAAUGAAUCAGCUGAGAAUGAAUGCUACAUGCCGGCUAAGAUGACUGUGUAAUAGACAACACGUCAGUCAGACUGGUGUGGCAACAUACCAUACAGUGGAAGCUGCAUAUCACAACUGGUUUCACUGUAGCCCUAAACAGACUCACCACAACACACAAAUCUGAGAGCAGUGUGAGAUUCCUGUUUGUAAUUCUCUGCAGGACAGAUAGUAAACUUUAAGAACUGUAUGGAAAAAAACGGGAAAUAACCAAAGAGUUAAACUGCACACCGUGAGAGAUCUUCAGCAACUGUUUCUUUUUUUUUAAUUACAUCUCUGGGAUGGCAGAGUUCUCUGUUGUUUACUUGGUGAUGUCUACCGCCCUCAUUUUUGUAGCCAGUACUGAAGUUAUAGUUCCACACCUAUAUGGUAUAACUUUCUACCAGUCCCACCACUGCAGACACCAGCAGGAGGAGCAGGUGAAUUUGAUUUGUGAAGUACGAGGGGGCUACGCCUUACCCAAUGUCACCAUCUAUGACAGCAAAGGAUCAGAGCAGAUGGCAACCACCAAAAACGAGGGAAGAGAGGAUGGGCUCUUUGACAUGAGCACUUCAGCCAAGGUCAUCUGCUUGUUGAAUACCACAUACAUCUGCCAGGUGGCCUCCUCAAAGAAGGAGACUAUUACUUACUUGAGGCUUGCCUUUAUAGAUAUCUCAGAUACCUCUUCAGAGAUGCCUCUGAUCUCGCCGAUAAUUGCUGGAACAGGAACCGUGCUCCUAGCAGUGAGUGCAGCAGUCGCUGUAGUAAUAGAAAUGAAAAAACAGAAAAUGAAAAGCCUUGCAGAACAGAACAGCCUCAGGCAGAGACUGGCACAGCAAGAGGAGAAUGGAACAUUGUUGCCAGAUCUCAUACCCUGCGCAGAAGCUAACAGAACAGUGAUGUCUGUGUGAAAUUUACCACUGCUCUGGGAACAAAUGAAUUGCUAAAUGCUGAAACUAGUCCCCCAGAACCUCAGACAGAAGUCUCUGUCUACUCACCUUUGAUACACUCUGUACUGCAGUUAAAUGCAGGAUGUGGCUGCAACAAGCUACCAGAAAUGCAGUCCUCUGGGGUGGGACUUCAGAUACAAAUUCAGCUCUCAAUGUGGACAAUGAUUCUGGUUUCUAAAGGUGUGCAGCAAGAGUGAAGGGAGAAUGCGUUUUGAAAAAUGUAUGAACACAGCAAUUCAGUUUAAGGACUGCUCACAUGUGAACCUACCUAUCUUACUGUAUUUUUUCAUAUGAGUCUAUCAUACUUGUAAGAUGCACUGUUGCUCAUAAAAAUGAGCAACACCAUUGUCACUGGGAGAUACCAUAAGAAACAGUGAAAUUGUUAUAAAUCCAUACAACAUAAGUGCAGAAAGAUGCCGGAGCUGAUCAAGCUAUCCUACUUUAUAUGUCACUGGUCCAAACCUUAGGUAAGCAGUAAUGCAUACCACAUAAGACAUUCCUAAGAGGCUUCACUGAGUCCCACGGAGUUCACUGUUAUAACACAAAAACUUGAGACUAUUUCCUGGUAAUCUCCAGCAGAAGUACUGCUUGACGCUCUACAGGUCUCUUCUUUACAAGACUAUAGAUGGCAUUAAGACAGUUCAGUAAAGGGCAAGAGAGGCAGCACACAGCUUCCUCCAGAAAUUAUAUAUAUAGAGAAAUUAGGCAAGUGUCUUAUGUAAUGAGAAGUGUACAAAGGAAGCAUACAAAGGAAUUGGGAGAAACACUGAAGUAGCUCAGGAAAAUCCAUGGCAUUGGUCAGUAACAUAUUUAUUAAAAAAAGAGACUUAGAGAGAGAUUUAAGAGCAGACACAAUGUAGAUGGCUUAAGGCAGAAACAAGGAAGCUUGUUUUUAAGGAAAAGGUGGUAGAUGACAGGAACAGUUUUCCUGACAAGGCUAUAGGAUCAAAACCAGUGAAAAAAGUCAAGAAUACAUUAUAUACAUAAUCUAAUUCUUUUGAGGUUUGAGAUGGAAAAAAUGAGCUUGUGGGUGUCUGCAAGUCCUGCAGGUUUCCCAUUAUGUAGGUAAAGGGGCAGGUUACAAGGAAAAAGCAGUCUUUACCUGCCUUCAGAAUCUGAUUCUGUGAAGCAGCUAAGGAUUCCUGGAGUUAGUCACAAUAUUCUUAACCUCAAGCCUUUUAUGAAACUUUACAUUUGUUUAAUUUUGGAUUCUCUCUGUCAAAUCAAGAAUCUAUGUUGUCACAGCCACUGUGGAACAUUACAUUCACAACCUUGGUGUGUUGAACUGGUAUCUGUCCAAUGGGUUCUGAACCACCAACUUAAUGGGGGGGGGAUAAUAUAAAGUCAGACUUCUGGCAUGACAACUUGCUGUCCCAAGAUGCCAGCCUCACAAUCUUUUACAAUAAAAUGUCUUUGCUACUGUCUGAUAAAAAAAAAUGUGAUUGUCAGUAUGUUAAUAAUGUUUAUUCAUAUUGGUCAACUUACUAGACCAUGGGCUACAAAAUGCUUUUUAUUUCAUGCUGACCACACAGUAAUGAGAAAUACUGAUACUCUAUUCUGACCAUUAAGCUGGAAAGAGAAGUACUGAUCCUCCAUGCUGACUGUACACAAGUAAUGAGAAGUACCAGUUUCCAUGCUGAUUGUACCUGAAUAAUGAGAAGUACUGAUCCUCCAUGCUGACUGUACACAAGUAAUGAGAAGUACCAAUUUUCCAUGCUGAUUGUACCUGAGUAAUGAGAAGUACUGAUUCAUCAUGCUGACUGUACACGAGUAAUGAGAAGUACCGAUUCACCAUGCUGACUGUACAUGAGUAAUGAGAAGUACCGAUUCGCCAUGCUGACUGUACACAAGUAAUGAGAAGUAACAAUUUUCCAUGCUGAUUGUACCCGAGUAAUGAGAAGUACUGAUUGACCAUGCUGACUGUACAAGAGUAAUGAGAAAUACCGAUUCGCCAAGCUAACUGUACAUGAGUAAUGAGAAGUACCUAUUCUCUGUGCUGAUUGUACACACAUAAUGAGAAGGACUGAGACACCAAGCUGAAUGUACAAUGAAUAAUGAGGAGUACUGGUACUCCACAAAUACUACAGUGAGAAUGAGAAACACCUACCAAGUGCUGACAUUAAUCAGGAUAAAGUCCAUGCUGUCAAAACAGUAGUAAUGAAAUGCAUAGAUGUGCACUUGUUGAGACAAUAAAGUAAUUUCCAGUCUUCUAGCAUUAUUGUAAGUCAAAAGUAACCGUUUGUAAAAUUAAGUAUUCAUAUCACAAAUAGUUAACUUUGGGUGGUGUGAAAAUGUAUUACAUAUUUGUAAGUAUAACCUAUCUAAAAUAAAACAUGCUUAUGUUGUAUAUAGUUCACAGAAACUGAAGCAUGAUUAUGAUGAGAGGAAGGUGCACAUCUCUCGUGAAGUGUGUAAUGUGUCUAACAGGGAACACAGCAAGGUUCCUGCACUGCCUUAAAGUUCUGUGUGUGUGACAAUACCAUGUUUAAUUAAAGUUCUAGUUUUACAUCUGCCUGUAUGUUACAAAAUAAUGGAACAUCACCAUCUGUUUUACAUUCUGUGUUAUGUAUUGUAGGAGGCUAAAUGGGCAGCCUUUGAAAGGAAGACAUUUAUGGCAAUUCCUCCCGAACUAACUAAUCAACAAAUAAGUAAAAAAUAAAAUGCCAA